AUGCUGAUCUCCAUAGCCCACUGUUAUUCUGCCUAUGCAAGGAUUAUUCGUGCUGAGCCGGGAGCAACAGUAUUUGGUUACCAGGUGACAGGGGGUACGGACAUUGAUAGCAACGGGUACCCUGACAUCACAGUUAGCGACCUCUCGGGUGACCUCGUGACCUCUUAUUGGAGCAGCCCCCUUGUUAAUGUGACCUUUGAUCUCAAGAAUCGGAGGGAAGCGUUGGACAUACUGGGUGACAGUGAUCGGGUGUGCCAGCUAUCAGAGAAUGUCAACCUUGCAUGUUUCGAUAUUACUCCUUGCUUUCAAUUUGACUCAAAGUUUGGAAACGUCACAAGAUUUGCGCUGAGUUACACGGUGACAGUGGAUGGGACUAAGUCACGAGCGGCUCAUUAUCAGGUGGACUCCGUUAGUGGUGAUGCCACACUUGGAGGCAGCUCGUACACCGAUAUCGUUACCGUGGAAGCUCCAGGGGAAGCGGGCAGGGUCUGUGCACCUCCUCUAACCUUUGCACUCAGUGCCGAUUUCACUGAUACGUCUCCGAUAUCAGUGCAGUUUUCCAUUGACGAUUCCCCUCAACCCCUCGCACUUGACUCCACCCCCUCCUCCGACGAAUUGGGUGGAGCUCUUCACCCGAUACUGCGCCGCUACCUGAGGGGAGAUGUCCCCAUGCCCCUGUCAUUGGAGUACGAUAUUAACUUCAACGUCAACUGCAGCAGUGGUGCUAGCUUGGAAUGUGAGCCCGUCUACCAACUAUCCAUACAGGAGGACUUUAUGUCAGAUGACAACACUCUGGUGCUUGCGUCUGCAAACGUGUUUGGUUACCGUGUCAACGUGAGCAACACAGCUGGUGAUGAUGGACUCAGCCCCACACUGGUCGUACAACUGCCUCGGGGGAUGGUAUUGGAAAACUCAGUGUCGUUGAGUCCAAGUGCUGUUACCGAGUGCAACAGUCGGUUGAUAAACGAUCAGCUCAGCAAUUUCACGACAGCUGUCGAAUGUGCCCUUCGUAACCCCACCCUGGCGGGGAAGACCCUGCAAUUAGAGCUCUUCUUUGGUUUCAACUUGUCGGGCAUUCCUCUUGAUACUGAAUCUCUUGAGUUUACGUUUCUGCUGUCGGAGACUAUGGGAUCAGCUCAGUGUGAGUGUGUGUGUGGGUGUGGGAUCAGCUCAGUUGUGUCGGAGGAGAGGUACAUAGCCUUCCGGAACACUAUCUAUCGUAAUGCCUCCACCAUACCUCUCAACGAGACUGGCCCACUACUCAACUUCAGAGUGAGUGUCCGCAACUCACGAGAGGCGACCAAUGGAACAGCUUUCCCUCGGACCACCCUCCUUAUACACCUGCCAGUUGAACACAGGGACUUCCCCCUCCUCAUUCCCACGGAGAUUGUCGCUACCUCGGGGACCAUCAACUGCAGUCACUAUCAAGCCAUACCCAGGAGAUUGUCUGUGAUUCAAGAACCAGCUGGGUUCAUCCCGCCCUGGACGGGACCACCCCCACCUAUUGACCCCGCUUGUAAUAGUAUGGGACAGUUUACGUUUGGUGUGAUCCUCUGUACCAUAGCGGACCUUGGCCCCACCCCUGGACCCCCCGCUGAGCUCACUCUCUUCGCUAGACUCUUUAGUCCUGGUGUUCAGUUUGUUGGUGAUCUGACCAUCUACUCUCAGCUGAUCAAGGAGACACUGUUGCCACGGCAGGGAGAGGACAGCGUCACUCAGAGCACGGUUUCGUUCCUCGUGUCACCUGCAGUGACAGAGGUGGCGCAGGAGUGUGUGCCGUACUGGGUGGUAGUCGUUGCCGUGGUAGUGGGGAUAAUCGUACUGGUGGCCAUAAUUUCAAUACUGGCAUUGUGUGGCCUAUUCCGACGCUGGUACAAGAAUAAGAAAAGUGGCGAUAUGUCCAAUGGAGUGGAACAAACUGAUUCUGAGUUCUUCCAACGACGUACCAUCCCCCCUAUUCCCGGUAUCACGCAGAGUGGGGCGGGGCAACCAGAGCUGACGAGUUACGUAGCGACAGGGGAGGCAGUAGACGAGGAGAAAGAGAAGGAAGCCGAAGCUGAAGAAGAAGCAGAGCUCGAGAGAGAGAGAGCUUAACGAGGCAGCUGCUGCUGAAGAGGAUGUGUUUAUGGACUUUGACCCUGCACAAGGGGUACAUGACGAUGAUGGGGAGGAGACUGAACUUUGAACUGUAAUAACAAUAGGUACAUUAUACACACAUAGCUGUUUUUAUUCUACAUUUGCAACUCAUUUAGAAAUGGAUUCUUACACAGUUUGAAUCAAACAAUAAUUAUCAAGUGUAACAAUAAUCAUAAUU